UGAAUGGCAUUGAAAUGCAUUGAAAGCAUUGAAAGGCAAUGAAUGCGUCAAUCAAUUGAAACACCCAUUAGUUGUGUCUCUAAUAUCACAGUUUGAGUCAACACUUAAUUCAAGUUAUUAUCUGAAGACUUGUUUGAGACAAAACAAUCGGUGUUUCUAAUGAUGGUUCACAUGUCUUAACGUAUGGCAGAUCAACAAAGUGAUAGUCAAGAUAACGAUAACAUUGUCAAGACUGCAACCGUUGAUGACAAAGCCAAUGAUGACAAAGUUGAAGUGUUACUCCGAUCCGCCGGUGACGCGCCUAUUAUGAAGAAGAAGAACUGGAAGGUUGACUCAAAUCGUACAAUCGGUUGGAUAUCAGACUUCAUUAGGAAAUACAUCAGAAUUGAAAACAACGAAUCAUUGUUUCUGUACGUAAACCAAACAUUCAGUCCCUCUCCCGACCAAACUGUUCGCAAUUUGUUGGAGUGUUUUGGAUCAGACGGCAAAUUAGUCUUAUAUUACGCCAAAACCCAGGCUUGGGGUUAACCACAAACUCUUGUGUUUAUUAAAAAUAUUUUUGUGAUUUUUAUGUACUUUAAUUACAAUGUCUUUUAAAACAUU